AUUAGCUCAUUUUUGUGCUUUUUGUUUCAAAAUUACCAUCAGGACUUCUUGGGUGAUGACUUCAAAAGCCAGGGAUCUCAUGUUCCUUAUAAUGUCAAUGAUUUUUCUACACAGGCUUCUCAAAGUGGAUAUGCUGUUGAUUAUGCUACACAAGGAGCACAAGGUGGAUUCCCAGGGAAUUUCCUUAACUAGAAUUCUCAAGCCGGAUAUUCUCGUUUUGGUUCUGGAAAUGACUUUAUGUCUCGGGACUACAUGGGCCAUGGAUCACAAGGCCUUUUCACCCAAGUGGGAUUCAAUGAUCCCUUGCAAGAUGAUGCGACGCAGAGCCAUUUCAGUGUGGCGAAUGCCAACCCUCUUCAGUCCCAGAUGAAUUCUCUAUACUCCCAACCUUUUUCUCACUACAACACGCAACCAAUUAACAUGCAGGCUUCCCAACAGCAGCCUCAGGCUCAAAACUCCCAAAAUCAGAAAAUCCACUAUAACGGUUGAGGAAUUUAGGAGUUUAAUGUGGCUUUGAUGGGUUAUAGUCUUUGCAAUCAGCAACUGGGUUUGUGCCUGUG